UUUAAUUUAUUUAUUUAUUAGGCAUCAACUUCUGUGCCAUUACUUGUCAGUCAUGCAAAGCAUUCUUCAGGAGGAAUGCCUACAAUUUUGAGAAACAGAAGUGUAGGUUCGGAGACAUUUGUGUAGUGAAUGAGAAAACGAGAAAAUAUUGCAUCAAAUGUAGACUCAUUAAGUGUUUUGCCGUCGGAAUGAAAAAAGAAUGGAUUAUGAAUGAGAAGGAGAAGCAAUUGAGAAGAACUCAAAUCGAAAAGAACCGAAAGUUUAGGCAAACUAUCUCUAAAAAUACCACAAAUGGUGACAAAACACCGCAAACUUUAAACUCAGACUCAGAUAUCGACUCAAUUGAGACCUUAGACGACGAGAAAAUUAUUGACUAUAUUCUGGACAUUACUAAUGAAACAACUAGGAGAUUGAGUGCAUUUGAUAGCAUAUGUCUGAAUGACCAAAUAGCCCUGGUCAAAUACAGUUGCAUUGAGAUGCAGAUAUUGAGAGCCGCAUUAUCCUACAGUCACGAUAAGCAAUACUGGAAUAUGGAUGUGGACCAAAAGGUUUCAUACGUUCUUACAUUGGAUUUAAUUAAAAAUUACUCUAUUUCAACACAAAUCAAACACCACGAUUACGAAUACCAUAACUUAGGUAUUAACUACUGUGCCAUUACUUGUCUAUCAUGCAAGUCUUUUUUCAAGAGGAAUGCCUACAAUUUUGAGAAACAAAAGUGUAGAUUCCGUGACAUUUGUGUAGUCAAUGAGAAAACGAGAAAACAUUGCAUCAAAUGUCGACUCAAAAAGUGUUUUGCCGUCGGAAUGAAAAGAGAAUGGCUAAUGAAUGAGACGGAGAAGCAAUUGAGAAGAACUCAAAUCGAAAUGAACCGAAAGUCGAGACAAAAUGCUUUUAAGAGUACCACAACUGCUGACAAAUUAACACAAACUUUAAACUCGGACACAGAUAUCGAUUCAAUUGAGACCUUAGAAGAGGAGAAAAUAAUAGACUAUAUUCUGGACAUCGCUUAUGAUAGCAAUGAUAAAACAAUUAAUGUGAACAAAAUUCAACUGGUGGUGAAGUAUCACAAACACCAGAUUCAU